UGGAGAUCUGAUGGACGUCUUGGUCGCAGCGAGCUACGCGGGCGUCGACGUCUCGGACGUCGUGGACCCGGAGAUCGCGCCGCUCCUGGCGCCGCUGGCCGUCGCCGCCGUCGAUGUGGCGAUGGACCUCGAAGACGGCGAAGUCGCCGACAUGGAGGACGUCCCGCCGACUCCGUUGACAGCACCGGCGCCGGUCCUUGCGCCGGUCGUGCACGCAGCAGAGCUUGCUGCGGGUGCAGAGACGGCGCCGUCGUCGCCGUCCUCGUCGAGCAGUGACGAUGCGAGCAUGGCCGACGACAGCGAGCCUGACGACAGCGACGACGAAGACACGGGCAAGCUGCGCAUCGAAAUCGAGGCGGCGCUCAAGCGCGACGAGCACACGAGCUUGAUCGCUGGCCCCGUAGCGACGGUGCACGAGGUGCAGAAGGUGCCUGUGAAGAAGGCCGACGUGCAACUCACGUCCGACUGCCCCAUCGACCGCAUGGGCUACGUGCUCAACAUCAACCGUGCGGGUCCGUCAAUCACGAUCCAGGGCCACCCGCACCAAGCCAUCUUGGACGAAGGCAGUGUCUUGUGUCUCCAGAGCCGCGUGGUCCUCGGCUGCGUCGACGAGGUGUUUGGCCAGGUCAAGCUGCCCAUGUACCUCAUUCGCUUCGAGACGCCCGAGGACAUUCCCGAGUCUGUCGCGCUCCAAGCCGCUGUCUUCUACACGACGCAGCACGCAACCUACGUCGAGACAUCCAAGCUCAACAUCAAGGGCACCGACGCCUCCAACUUGUACGACGAGGAAGUUGGCGCCGAGGAAAUGGAGUUCUCCGACGACGAGGCCGAGGCCGAGGCCCGACGCAAGCUCAAGGCGACCAAGCGCAAGCACAACCCGGACGCUACGCCCAAGGUGCGGCCGCAGCAACCGCACGGCGGCGGCCGGGGUCCCCCGGGCCAUCCUCACCAAGGACCUCCGGGCCAUACCCACCAUCAAGGACCGCCACGGCCCCAUUUUUUCCCGCCGCAGUUCCCGCCGCACCCGCACCACCCGCAGUUUCCUCCGCACCAACACCACCACGCGCCACCGCCUGGAUAUUUCGAGCCGCCGCCGCGCGGGUAUUUUGAGCAGCCGCCGCCGGGGUAUGGGUACCCGCCCCAGGGCGGAGGCUACCCGCCGCACCACCAUCAACACCCGCAAGGUCCUCCCCACCAUCACCACCAAGGCCCACCUCCACACAACAUGCCGCCGCAUCACCACCCUGGGCCGUUCCCGGGACCUCCCGGGCGCCCCAUGCACCCCGACCAUCCCGGGCCGUGGCACCAGCAAGGCCCACCGCCGCCGUACUAUCAGCAAUUCCCGCCCCGUCCACCGCAGGACGAUCCCUACCAUUACCGCAACUAGAAACUAACGUGGCCCUAUAUAAAUCCCUUUGAUCGCA